UAUUCUCAGAUUCGGACCCUCAUUUUCAUUUGGAUGAAAAUAUGAUUACAGAACAUGUACUUAAGUUGAGAAACACACAACAUACCAUGUUUAUAAUGAUGGAUUUCAAUAAAUAACAAGUUUUUGUAGGCUUCUGUUCUGAGAAAAAGCAUGUUUUGACUGAUCUUGACAGUUUCGGUAAACAUGAGUUUGAGUUGCAAUAAAAUGUCAGUUUUUUCCCCCCAGGAAUUCUGAAAAGAUAACGCCAGGAUGAAACACUGCAGUGCUUCCUUGGAGAUAUUGCCUGGGUUCUCAAAAAGAAUCUUGUAGAGGCACCAGAGGACACUCUGACUACAGACUACAGUGGAACUAUUGUCCCAGCAAAACAGAGAAAGCCCAGUGGACACCUCAGACACGACAGGGAAUACUCAAGUCAAGACCGCAGUUGAUCCAACCGCACAGCAUAACAGAGAAGGCCCAGAUGACAUUUCAGAGACGUCAGAGGACACUCCAGUCAAGACUGCAGUUGAUCCUCCUCACAGCGUGACAGAAAAAGCCCAGAUGACAUCUCAGAGAAGUCAGAGGACACUCCAGUCAAUACUGCAGUUGAAUCAUCCUCACACUCACAGCACGACAGAGAAAGCCCAGGUGACAUCUCAGAGAUAUCAGAGGACACUCCAGUCAAGACCACAGUUGAUUCAACCACACAGCAUGACAGAGAAGGCCCAGAUGACAUCUCAGAGACGUCAGAGGACACUCCAGUCAAUACUGCAGUUGAAUCGCCCUCACAGCCGGUCAGAGAAAGCCCAGACAACAUCUCAGAGACGUCAGAGGACACUCCAGUCAAGACUGCAGUUGAAUCCUCCUCACAGCGUGACAAAGAAAGCCCAGAUGACAUCUCAGAGAAGUCAGAGGACACUCCAGUCAAUACUGCAGUUGAAUCAUCCUCACACUCACAGCACGACAGAGAAAGCCCAGGUGACAUCUCAGAGAUAUCAGAGGACACUCCAGUCAAGACCACAGUUGAUCCAGCCCCACAUCAUGACAGAGAAGGCCCAGACAACAUGUCAGAGACGUCAGAGGACUCUCCAGUCAAGACUGCAGUUGAAUCGUCCUCCCAGCCUGACGGAGAAAGCCCACACAACAUUUUAGAGAUGUCAGAGGAUACUCCAGUCAAGACUGCAGUUGAUCCAACCACACAGCAUGACAGAGAAAGCCCAGAUGACAUCUCAGAGACGUCAGAGGACACUCCAGUCAAGACUGCAGUUGAUCCAACCACACAGCAUGACAGAGAAAGCCCAGAUGACAUGUCAGAGACGUCAGAGGACACUCCAGUCAAGACAUCAAGAGAAGAAAUUGAAUUUGUUCCUUCAUCACCUGUUGCCUCCGAAUCAAGUGGCAGCAUUACUUUUCCAAUGCACAAUCACUGGAGAAAGUCUCUUGUGGGUUCCAAGGAAGGUGUACGUUUGCCAGUUGAUGGGGAAGUUAAUGAUUCUGAGUGGGAUUCUGAUGAUGAUUAUGACCCCUCCUCUGCAACAAGUGAUGAUGACUCGGAUAGUGAAGUAUCAAUUCCUGAAGAAAACCAAUACAACACAACUGAAGAUAAAAACGCCUCGGAUCUCUCAGAAGAAGACGAAAUCCUACGAGAUAUAAAUGUUCCGGCAAUUCAUCUCAGAAAAGUCAAAACAUCAAUGACAACAUCUUUGGGCAAAAGAAAAAAAAAGGAUCGUGUUCAAAACAGUGUUCAUGCGUGUCUGUACUGUGGUAAAAUUGUGCAGCACAUUCCUUCUCACAGGUCUAAGCAUGCAAAUGAAAAGGAAGUAAAAGAAAUCAUUAACCA